AUGUGUAACUCAUUCCUCUUUCCACGAAUAGUCAAGCUCCUCUUUAUUGAGCUUAUAGUGAACAUCCGUUUGUUCAACGACGGAAACCGUGAACAUCCUUAUGGACAUUGCCUCGUGGCUGGACUUAAGAAGUACCUGAGAAAGGUCAUCCGCAAGGACUCUGAAAAGAAGAAAAUGAAGAAAUCUAGGGUUAAGUGUUUCAUCAAGGUCGUUAACUACCAAAAUCUGAUGCCUACUCGUUACACCCUCGAUGUAGAUCUCAAAGAAUUCGUCACCCUUUAG